UAGUCUAGUUUGUAUUAGUACAUUAGUAAACUUACCAUCAUACCUUUAGUGAAGUAGAAUUGAAAACAUAUAUUUUAAUAAUGGGAACCAAGGAAGACGGUACUUCUGAAAUAAAGGAAGAAGCUGGUGCUACAGGUAUAUCUGGCAUAUCUGAGGAAGAUGAAAAGUUAUUGAAAGCCUUUCAUAGCUUACAUGUCAAACCAACAAUAGAAACACCAGAGGAUUUGAUAAGUUUUAUGAAGAAAUAUGGUACUUUAAAGUCAAAAACAUUGGGGACUGAGGUAGACAUAAAGACUACCACUGAAACUAGUACAACAGAGCCGACACAUGAGAUGGGAGCUACAGGUGGAGCCACAGCCAGUGGGCAUGACACAUAUAUUAAAACCGCAUCUUACCAUUUUCCAAAGAUUUCUACUUUUGGGGGAGAUAGUGGUAAAGGAGAUGUUACUUGGGAAUGUUUUAAAUUUGAAGUGGAGGCAUUGUUGGCGGAUGGCGUUUUUACACAAGAACAAAUAUUGCAUGGGAUAAGAAGGUCAGUGAAAGGCGAAGUAGCUGAAAUUAUUAGAAGGCUAGGAAUAGAUGCGACAAUACACCAGAUUUUGGACAAACUAGACAGCACAUACGGAAACAUCGAAACAACUGAAUCGAUUAUGAGAAAAUUUUAUAACUGUACACAACAACAACAAGAGUCGGUCACCAGUUUUGCGUCCAGAUUAGAAAAUUAUUUGACAAAGCAAUUUAAGAUAGAAAUUAGAAAGAUAGAGGCAGAUACGAAGGAUGAAGGUGAUGAAAAGAAGAAACCAUGCAAACCUGCAGUGAUACAACCAGAAAAGAAUGAUAUGACAGAGGUCAAAGAUUUAUUGAAAAAAUUAAAUGAAAGAGUACAUAAAUUAGAAGAACAGAAGAACAACAAUGAAGAAACUUUUUUAGAAAGGGGUGCACAGUACAGACCUUAUAACAGUCGAGGGACAAGGUGGAAUGGAAGCAAUAGAGGAUUUACAAGAUACAACAACAGAGGGUACAACAAUCGAGGUAAUAGAGGUGGAAGAGGUGACUAUACACCCAGUAGACCGACAGCAAACACUACAUUUUCGCCAACCUGUUACAGAUGUAAUAAAAGGGGACAUUACCAAUAUAACUGCCCAAACUAUGCGGGAUCGAACCCGUGCACGUCCGACAGUACUAAAGAUCCCAAAUUAGUAGGUGAUGUUAAUGAAGUUAACAUAAGUGUAAAUAAAAUUGGUGUCUCUGCAUUACUAGAUACAGGAUCAUGUGUUAGUUUGAUCUCUGAGUCAUUUUACAAAGAACAUUUGUCUGACGUAGAGUUAGAACCCCUUACUGGUGUAUUGAAUAUUGAAUGUGCUGAUUGA